CGCACACCAUCGUACAAACUCUAUUACCUCACAUUACACAUCACACGUGCAAUCAACAAUGGCCGACCAAACCCCCCAAUGCACCGGUAACCCCACCUCCUGCUCGUUCUGUAACCCGACCCACGAACGCGAUUCAUGUGCCAAGGACGAGAUCGCCGGAUGUACGUCGGCACCGGGAGACUGCCAGGCUUGUAGCGAGGGUCGAGGAUGUUUGAAGGGAUGUGCUGGAUCCCCGGAAAACUGUACCGUCUGUCGAGACCGAUGCCUCAAGCCCGCCUCGACCACCUCGAACACCGCUUCGUUCGGUGUCGAGCCCGCUCGACCCAAGUAGAGUUCGAUUCGCGAUCGACGUUUCUUCUAGAGAUGGAUUCGGCACCGUCAAACGUUGAGGCGUCCGAGAGUGUUCUGGAUCGAAGUGUUCAAGCGGAGGAUGAUCGGGUUGUGUAUCUCGUAUGUCAUGUUGUAUCGUUAUCCAUCCUAGCAGCUACUUUGUCGUGCGCCUUCCCCGGCCAUCGAAUCGAAUAAUAUAUCAUGUGAUGUAUCCUGGA